CAGUACUCCUUGAAGUGUAGCUGUGAGAGUUAAAUCAGCCUCUUCAUCCUCCUUUCAACCCCUUUUAGAGCAGCAUCAGGAAACAUGCGUGAGUGUAUCUCAGUGCACGUUGGUCAGGCUGGUGUCCAGAUUGGCAAUGCCUGCUGGGAGCUUUACUGCCUGGAACAUGGGAUUCAGCCGGACGGACAGAUGCUCAGUGACAAAACCACUGGUGGAGGAGAUGAUUCAUUCACCACCUUCUUCAGCGAGACUGGAGCUGGAAAGCACAGCCCCAGAGCUAUCUUUGUGGACCUGGAGCCCACUGUCAUCGGUGAGAUACGCACUGGGACCUACCGCCAGCUCUUCCACCCUGAGCAGCUGAUCACCGGCAAGGAGGAUGCCGCCAACAACUACGCCCGUGGGCACUACACCAUUGGCAAAGAGCUCAUCGACCUGGUGCUGGACAGGAUCCGCAAACUGGCUGACCAGUGCACUGGCCUUCAGGGCUUCCUGGUUUUCCACAGCUUCGGAGGUGGCACCGGCUCUGGUUUCACCUCCUUGCUGAUGGAGCGUCUUUCUGUCGACUACGGAAAGAAGUCAAAGCUGGAGUUUUCUGUCUACCCGGCUCCCCAGGUGUCCACCGCUGUAGUGGAGCCCUACAACUCCAUCCUGACCACCCACACCACCCUGGAGCACUCUGACUGUGCCUUCAUGGUGGAUAACGAGGCCAUCUACGAUAUCUGCCGUAGGAACCUCGACAUCGAGCGUCCUUCUUACACCAACCUGAACAGGCUGAUCAGUCAGAUUGUGUCCUCCGUCACUGCUUCCCUUCGUUUUGACGGUGCCCUCAAUGUCGAUCUGACAGAGUUCCAGACCAACUUGGUGCCAUAUCCCCGUAUCCACUUCCCUCUGGCCACCUAUGCCCCUGUCAUCUCUGCUGAGAAGGCUUACCAUGAGCAAAUAACAGUGUCACAAAUCACCAACGCCUGCUUCGAACCAGCCAAUCAGUUGGUGAAAUGUGACCCUCGCCACGGCAAAUACAUGGCCUGCUGCCUCUUGUAUCGUGGCGACGUGGUGCCCAAAGAUGUGAAUGCCGCCAUUGCCACCAUUAAAACCAAGCGCUCCAUCCAGUUUGUGGACUGGUGCCCCACUGGUUUUAAGGUGGGCAUCAAUUACCAGCCGCCCACUGUAGUUCCUGGUGGAGACCUGGCCAAGGUCCAGAGGGCGGUGUGCAUGCUGAGCAACACCACUGCUAUUGCAGAGGCCUGGGCUCGCCUUGACCACAAGUUUGAUCUGAUGUAUGCUAAGCGUGCCUUUGUUCACUGGUAUGUGGGUGAGGGUAUGGAGGAGGGAGAGUUCUCUGAGGCCAGAGAGGACAUGGCAGCUCUGGAGAAGGAUUAUGAGGAGGUUGGAGCUGAUAGUGCGGGAGAUGAGGAAGAUGAUGAAGGAAAGGAGUAUUAAAUAGGCAUGCAUUCCGCUUUACGCUUUUAUCACCGUGACAUCGCGCUAACACAAAAAUCACAGACAAAUGUCAUAGACAAAUGACAGUUAAAAUUGAAUUGCGGUGAUAGGUAAAAUUGGCAAACUUGUUUAUUUCGGUUGUCAUUUUCAGCUGUAACUGUAAACUUUUAAAGAUUAGUUAAACAUGGAGGCCUGACCUGACGUUUCUGCUUGUUUUAUCUACUGUGUUUUUCUGCUAGUAUCUUUGAUAAACCAAAUCUAGGGUUAGGAACAGCAACACCUCACCACCAGUCAGACCAACUGCUGGUUAGUGUGGUGUCAUUUUCUUUAGUCUUAGACCCAACUGGUAAAUUAGAAGAAUGAGAGUAGGCCUACCAGUAUAUACAGUUGU